CGACUCGUGAGAAUUUUCACUAUGCAAAUAACCUUGUUUCAAUGUUUAAGACAAUUUUUGAUCUUAGCACUUUAAAACAAGUUGUGUCUUAAACCUGACGUCGCAAACUUCGAAGAGUUACUCAAGAUGAAGUGCUUAUUGUUGUUACCGAUGUUAAUGGCGCUUGUUGCAGCUGAGACUUACAGUACAGAGAACGAUGAUUUAGACAUUGAGGCGGUUGUAGGUGAUUUAAACACAUUAAAAUCAUUCAUGGACUGCUUUAAUGACAAGAAACCAUGUGACGCUGUACAAGCUGAUUUUAAAAAGGACUUGCCUGAGGCGUUCCAAAACGCAUGUGCUAAAUGCACGGCAGCACAGAAACACAUCUUCAAAAGAUUCCUCGAGGAAUCCGAAAAGAAAGUAGUCGAUGACCUCAACGCUCUCAAGAAGAAAUACGAUCCAGAAUCCAAGCACUACGCUGCACUUUUAUCAGCCAUUUCAAAGUCUUAGAGCUACAUAAAACUAGAGAUAUCGUUUAAUAAAAUAAAGAUAAAAAUUCAACAUUAAUCCUUACUGAUGUAUAGCUAAUAAAAUAUCGAAUCUCUCUUCUAUCAUGAAACAUAACUUAGGCAUAUUAGAUAAAACAACAUACGAUCAAACUGCGAAUGUGAUUUUCAGCAAAUAUCUUAUUAAAAAUGAUUAAAUAUUAUA